AUGUGGUGGCUAUGGCGACUUUAUUUGGCGGCGGCUUUUGCGGCCGCCGUCUACGGCGGAGACGUCACGUAUGAUGGCAGGUCCCUCAUCAUCAAUGGCCAGAGGAAGUUACUCUUCUCCGGUUCCAUUCAUUAUCCUCGAAGCACCCCUGAUAUGUGGCCGUCACUCAUAAAAAGAGCUAAAAAUGGUGGGUUGGAUGUAAUAGAAACUUAUGUUUUUUGGAAUGAGCAUGAGCCUCAGCCUGGUCAGUUUGAUUUUAGCGGGAGAAAGGAUAUAGUAAGUUUCAUAAAGGAAAUUCAGGCACAGGGUCUCUAUGCAUGUGUUCGUUUUGGACCCUACAUUCAAUCUGAAAUUAGUUAUGGAGGUUUCCCGUUUUGGUUACAUGAUGUCCCUGGCAUCAUUUUCCGGUCAGAUAAUGAACCAUUCAAGUUACACAUGCAAAACUUCACAACAAAGAUGGUUAACAUGCUCAAGUCAGAAAAACUAUUUGCUUCUCAAGGAGGUCCCAUCAUAUUGUCUCAGAUAGAGAACGAGUAUAGCAAUGUAGAGAAAGGAUUGAAGGAGAAAGGGCCUCCAUAUGUUCGUUGGGCAGCGCAGAUGGCUGUGGGACUCCAAACUGGUGUGCCAUGGGUCAUGUGCAAGCAAAUUGAUGCUCCUGAUCCUGUUAUUAAUUCAUGCAAUAAUAUGAAAUGUGGGGAGCUGGAUUUCACUCCCAACUCACCAAACAAGCCUGCAAUUUGGACUGAGAACUGGACAAGCUUCUAUCAAGUAUAUGGAGGUGAGCCACGCAUAAGAUCAGCAGAGGACAUAGCAUAUCAUGUUGCUCUAUUUAUUGCACGCAAAAAAGGCUGCUUUAUCAACUAUUACAUGUACCAUGGUGGAACCAAUUUUGGUAGAUCAGCUUCCGCAUUUGUGAUAACGGGCUAUUAUGAUCAAGCUCCCAUAGAUGAAUAUGGUUUAUUUAGAGAACCCAAAAGGGGGCAUCUAAAGGACUUACAUAUUGCUGUUAAACUAAAUUCAGCUACCAUUAUGCAUGGCACACCUUCUAACUUUUCAUUGGGCCCAUUCCAAGAAGCGUACAUGUUUCGGAGAAAUUCAGGAGAAUGCGUAGCUUUUCUAGUGAACAUCAACCGCAACCUAAGUGCAACGGUGCAGUUUCAGAAUUCUUCGUAUCAAUUGCCUCCUAAAUCCAUAAGCAUCUUGCCCGAUUGCAAGACACAAGUCUUCAACACCGCUAAGGUUAAUGCAAAAUACACUACCAGAUCAACGACGCCAGUCCUCCAAUUUAACUCAGCUCAAAAAUGGGAAGAAUUCAAAGAGGAAGUUCCCAUCUUCUCUAACACUUCAACACGAGCAAAUGCUUUACUUGAACAUAUGAAUACUACAAAAGAUACUUCAGACUAUCUUUGGUACACAACCAGUUUUCAGCACAACGUAUCAGACACCUCAUCUACAAUUAGGGUGAAGACAUUGGGACAUGUAUUACAUAUAUUCUUUAAUGAUGCAUUAGCAGGUUAUGCGCAUGGAAGGUUUAGGCACUCAAGUUUUAAAAUGAAGAGAAGAGUUAGUCUAAAGGAAGGGAUAAACAGCAUUUCCCUAUUAAGUGCCUCAGUUGGAUUACCAAAUUCAGGACCGUAUCUCGAGCGCAGGGCUUUGGGACUCUGUAAAGCUGCGAUUAAAACAAGUCAAGGAAGGCAAGAUCUUCGGCAUUCUGAAUGGGGUUAUCAGGUUGGAUUGUUGGGAGAAAAGAUGCAAAUUUUUGAAGAAGAUGCAUCAAAUACGGUUCAAUGGAGCAAGUUUAGCUAUUCUAAGCAACCACUUAUAUGGUACAAGACCACAUUUGAUGCACCAAGUGGUAAUGGACCGAUAGCAUUAAACCUUGGCUCCAUGGGAAAAGGUCAUGUUUGGGUUAACGGCCAGAGCAUUGGUCGUUAUUGGGUCUCUUUCCAUACACCAUCAGGCACACCUUCUCAGGCCUGGUACAACAUUCCAAGAUCAUUUGUGAGAGCAAGUAAAAACAGUGUAGUUUUGUUUGAGGAAGAAGGGGGAAAUCCUUUGGGCAUCACAAUUGAUUCAAUCUCAAUCAGCAAAGUGUGUGGGCAUGUGGGGGAGUUGCAUCCGCCGCCUGUGCGUUCAUGGAAGAAGCGCGGCAUGAGUGGCCCCAAACUGCAGCUUCACUGUCCCCAAAAACAACACAUUUCUAGAAUUUUGUUCGCAAGCUUCGGAACCCCCACCGGUGAUUGUGCCGCUUAUGCUCUUGGGACUUGCCACUCCCCCAAUUCUCAAUCCAUCGUGGAAAAGAGGUGUUUAGGGAAGAGGAAAUGCUCAAUCUCAGUUUCAAGUCGAGCCUUUGGGGGAGACCCCUGUCCAGGGAUUACUAAAUCUCUGUUGGUCGAUGUUCAAUGCACCUAACAAAACACACACAUCUCAUAAUUUAAUUCAAGAAUUUCAUAAAUUUGAUAUACAUACAUUUUUAUAUGAAAAUAAAUUGUACGUUUUUAUCUUGUGUGGAAUGCAUACAUGCAUUAGUGAUUGGUAA